ACUAAACUGCUUUUUCAUAGUGGGAAGUCGCAGAUUACAUUAAACUCUUCCUCAUCUUUAGUCUUUCCACUUCCACUCCACUUCCCCACCCAACCGCUUUUAUUAUUUUUCCUUAUUUAUUAAUUUCCAAAUCAAACUCAUUACUUUCCAUUUUAUUGACCCCCCCAAAAAAACCAAAGAAAAAAAAAGGUUCAGACUUUAUACUUGAUAUAUAUUUCUCCUUUUGUUUUCCCCAGUACUUCUUAUUAAUUUUCCUUCCUUUUCUUUUGCAAAUUCUUAGGGUUCUUUUAUUAGUUGUUGAAGAAGACUCAGAAUUAGAAGCGAAACAGAGAUAUAAAGCAGAAGAGUUGAUACAUAGAAAUUCUUUGAUCCAGCAUAACCAUCAUGGAUCAGCAAGGGCAUGGACAACGCGCAGCAAUGGCGGUGGUUGGUAGUGGAGCUCAGCCUUCGUACGGUGUAAACCCAUACCAGUCUAGCAAGUUGCUGGGGUCCUCUGGUCCUGGAUCAGCCGGGUUGUUGCAGGGUCAGAACCAGCCUGCAGGUCCCUCUGCCUCUCCUCAGCUCGCGCAGCACCAGCUCGCUUACCAGCACAUGCAUCAGCAGCAACAAGAGCAGCUGCAGCAGCAGCUCCGGAACUUCUGGACGAGCCAGUACCAAGAAAUCGAGCAGACGAGUGACUUCAAGAACCACAGUCUGCCUCUUGCUAGGAUCAAGAAGAUUAUGAAGGCUGAUGAGGAUGUGAGGAUGAUAUCAGCUGAAGCCCCGGUCAUAUUCGCGAGGGCCUGCGAGAUGUUCAUCCUAGAGCUGACGCUGCGUUCCUGGAAUCACACGGAAGAGAACAAGAGGCGGACGUUGCAAAAGAAUGACAUCGCAGCAGCCAUCACUAGAACCGACAUAUUCGACUUCCUGGUUGAUAUUGUCCCGAGAGAGGAUUUGAAAGACGAGGUGCUUGCAUCCGUUCCUCGAGGGAGUCUCCCUGUUGGAGGACCGGCUGAUGGUGUUCCUUACUACUACAUGCCGCCUCAGCAUGCUCAGCAGGUUGGUCCGCCGGGGAUGAUUGUCGGGAAGCCUGUGAUGGAUCAAUCUGUUUGCGGCCAACAGACUCGCCCUUACAUCGGUCAGCCAUCUUGGCCAUACCAACAGCAACCUCCCACUGAUUGAGUGGAAGAACUAAUAAGGAAAGGAUAUAACUUGAAGGACAUACCUGAAAGAGAAUGUGAAUUUAGUAUCAUAGUGUUUUGCAGGGUCAAAAAUCAGUAGUGCUUGUCUUGGAUAGAAUACAAGUUAAAAACACUUUACUAGUUUAGUAAUGCAUACUCAUAGAUGGUGCUUGCUGUUAAUACGUGAUAAAAGCCCGUUAAAAAGGUGUUUGUUGUACUGUAGAUAAUUAUAUAUCUAUCUAUCUAUCUAUCUUGUAAAAUUAAAAGGGUCUUCUCCUAUGUUUUCUCAUUCUUUUCAGCACCAAGUCGCCUGUUUCAUUGCGUUUUGAUAUGAUGAUUGAUUUGUAUUUUC